AUGAGAGAUCGGCCCGUCAUCAGCAUCGAAAAUUACACCAUAUACUGCGGCGAUGCUGAUACGAAGAAAGUAGGUGGUUGCGCGAUAGCUGUGAGGAACGAUUACAACAACAAUGUGGAGGAAUUUGGCUCAACAUCGUCUAGAUGGGCCUUUGUACAACUGCGUGAUGGAAGAGGACGAAAACUCUUUAUAGUAAGAGCCCACGCACCUGCGAAAACCGCUGAGGACAACGAUAAGGACGCCUUCUGCGAUAAACUCAACGCGUUGAUGUCUAAGAUACCUAACCAGCAGAUUGUAAUUUUCGGGAUUGGUGCAAAUACGAGGAUGGGAAUUGAACAACAAUCCAAUGUGCUAGGAAAAUGGUAA